AUUCAGUUGUCAUUUUAUAGGUUACAUUUUAACAUGUUUGUAUAAUUUUAAAAAGUAGUACCAUAGCCACAUACUUUGAUUUUAAUCAAAGUAUGUGACGAGUAGUACCUAUUUGAAAUUAGUUAAAUUAUAAUAUAAAUUAAAAUGUUAGCACCCGAUCUGUACUUCACGCUUAAUACUGGAGCAAGAAUACCUAUGAUAGGAUUAGGAACGGCUGGUAUAAAUGGCCCCGAUAUUACUUUACGAACUUUGAAUGACGCAUUGCAAAUGGGAUACCGCCUUAUUGAUACAGCAGCAAUAUACGAAAACGAAAAGAACAUUGGAUACGCCUUAGAAAAACUUCUUCCAAAAUUUAAUUUAACAAGAAAAGAUAUAUUCAUAACCACCAAACCUCAUCCUAAAGAUAUUGGUGAAAAUACCAGUAAAGCAAUAGCCAAAUCUUUGAAAGAUUUAAAUUGCGGUUACAUAGAUCUUUAUCUCAUAAAUUGGCCUGGUACCAUAGAAGUUAGUCCCGAUGAUAGGGAAAACUUCAUUUUGAGAAACUCUAGUUGGAAAAUAAUGGUUCAUGCUGUGAAAAAAAAGAUAAUUAGGCAAAUAGGCGUAUGCGGUAAUACAGUUCGUCAUUUGCAACAAUUGCUGGCUCAUUGCCAUGGAAUAACACCAUCUGUUAACCAGGUGGAAUUUCAUCCAUUUUGUCGUGAUCGGAAGCUUCUAGACCUAUGCCGACCAAAGAAUAUUUUUGUACAAGCAUAUUCGUCACUAGGUGGUUCGAAAUGGUCAGAUCUUAUAAAUCAUGAAUGCGUUACCAAGUGUGCCAAUAAACUGGGAAAAACUCCUGCUCAGAUUUUGCUCAGAUGGGCUGUCCAACAAGAAGUUGGCGUCAUUCCCACAUCUCACGAUAGAGGCCAUUUGUUUUCAAAUAUGCAAUUGGACUUUAAUAUACCACUAGAAGACAUGCUCAUUUUGAGUACUUUAGAAACGCGUGUACGAUAUGAUGUAAAUCCUCAUGUGGUUUGAUAAUAUUGGUUUUUUAAAGAAUAAAAUAAAACUUCAAUAUAUUUUUUUUAUCUUUAUUACGGACUUUUAUGAAAUAAAAAGCCUAUUGAAAAC